CGUGCGUAAAGCCAGGAGGGCGUUAAUAUGUACAACACUGCCCGACUGCAUGAUCCAGAUUGGUUUGGCAACAACGACUUACCAAGUGGUUCACUUUGCUGUCAUUCCAUCACAGACCUGCACGUUAACAGGCUCGGUUCAUGAUCGAGCUUAGGAAAGCGAGCACUGAUUAACUCGUCAGCUUUUUUUUUCGGGGGAGCAUCCAUAUCAGCUUUCUGGUGUGUUUUACCGGGCUAACCAGACAUUAGCAAGUGAUGAGCAGAGGCCUGCUUCCUCUGGAUGCCCAGUUAAGGUUACCGACAGGGCACGCUGCUUAAUAGCACCGACAGACUUUGCAUUUAGCCUGUGAACUCUCUGACAGCACCUUAGUAAGGAUCCUUGGUUUUACUGUUUGUUUGGAGCGGGAGUUCAUGCUAGCUCCGUGCAAGUUAGAUAAACUAGCUAGUUAGCUAACGGUCGGCGUGGAAGUUCAUAGAGGCAGCCAGCAAGACACCAGCCGCCACUUUACACCUCCAGUCUGUCUGUGCGAUGGGUUUGCUCUCACAGGGGUCUCCGCUGAAUUGGGAAGAAACGAAGAAAUAUGCCGACCAUAUUAGAAAGCAUGGCAUCAUUCAGUUUCUCAAUAUCUACAACAAGGUGAAGGAACGCCAGAAAGAUGUAUUGAAAUGGGGCGAUGAGGUUGAGUACAUGUUGGUGGAAUUGGAUGACAAGGAUGAAAAGGUUCGACUGGUCCUGAACGGCGGAGAUGUUCUGCAAACUCUCCAAGACCAGGGGGAAAAGAUAAACCCCAACCACCCCACGCUUUGGAGGCCAGAGUACGGCAGCUACAUGAUUGAAGGCACGCCAGGGCAGCCGUACGGCGGGACCAUGUCGGAGUUCAACACUGUGGAGGGCAACAUGGGGAAGAGGCGACGAGAGGCCUCAUCGGUCCUCAACCAGAAUGAAACCCUGUGCACCAUCACCUCAUUUCCAAUGUUGGGUUGUUCAGGUUUCACCAAACCGGAGUACCGGCCGACCCCAGUCGAAAAGGGAGUGUCCAAGUCAUUGUUUUUCCCAGAUGAAGCCAUCAACAGACAUCCAAGAUUCAGCACCCUUACCAGAAACAUACGUCACAGAAGAGGAGAGAAAGUCGUGAUUAACGUACCGAUCUUCAAAGACAAGUGCACUCCAUCUCCAUUCGUGGAGGAGUUUCCUGAAGACGAUGGUGAAGCAGCGAGGGCAGCUCUGCCUGAUCAUAUCUACAUGGACGCCAUGGGUUUUGGCAUGGGCAACUGUUGUCUGCAGGUGACAUUCCAAGCUUGUAGCAUUGAUGAGGCAAGAUACCUUUAUGACCAGCUGGCAACAUUCUGCCCUAUAGUGAUGGCGCUGAGUGCAGCCUCACCCUUCUACAGAGGCUAUGUGUCAGAUAACGAUUGCCGCUGGGGAGUUAUCUCCGCCUCGGUGGAUGACAGGACACAGGAGGAACGCGGGCUCAAGCCACUGAAAAACAACAAAUACAGGAUCUUCAAGUCAAGAUACGAUUCAAUCGACAGCUACCUGUCUAGCUGCAGCGAGAAGUACAACGACAUUGAUUUGACGAUAGAUGAGGAGAUCAACAAGCAGCUGCUCGACGCAGGAAUUGACAAGCUCCUGGCUCAACACAUAGCUCACCUCUUCAUCCGAGAUCCGCUCUCCGUCUUUGAAGAGAAAAUUCACUUGGAUGAUGAGAACGAGUCUGAUCACUUCGAGAACCUGCAGUCGACCAACUGGCAGACGAUGAGGUUCAAACCUCCGCCUCCAAACUCUGAUAUCGGCUGGAGAGUUGAGUUCCGCCCCAUGGAGGUGCAGCUAACUGACUUUGAAAACGCUGCAUACGUGGUCUUUGUCGUUCUGCUUACCAGAGUGAUCUUGUCCUACAAGCUGGACUUUUUGAUCCCCUUGUCAAAGGUUGAUGAAAACAUGAAGGUUGCACAAAAGAGGAACGCUGUCCAGGAGGGCAUGUUUUAUUUCCGAAAGGACAUCUUCAAAGGCUGCAACCCCGUCCUUGAUGGCACUGCCUCUGCUCAGAAUGGCUUGGAGGCUGACGGUGGUAAUGAGGAGUACACGCUGAUGAGCAUUGACACCAUCAUCAACGGAAAGGAGGGAGUAUUCCAAGGCCUUAUUCCGAUUCUUAACUGCUAUCUGGAAAACAUGGAAGUUGAUGUGGACACCAGGUGCACCAUUCUGAAUUACCUGAAACUCAUCAAGAAACGUGCCUCAGGCGAACUGAUGACCAUGGCCAAGUGGAUGAGGGAAUUCGUUGCAAAGCACCCGCAGUAUAAGCAGGACAGCGUCAUAACUGACAAGAUCAACUACGACCUGUUCAGAAAGUGCGACAGGAUCGCGAAAGGCGAAGAGCAGUGCCCGGAGCUCAUUGGAAACCCAGUUAACAAGUUCAAAUGAGAAGCGCUGUAAGGAUGCAUCAUCAUCAUCAUCGUCAUCAUCAAACUUGUAUGUAAAGAAAGACCAAAUGUAUGGCGCUGAAUGGAAAUGGUCCGAUUUAAAGAGAAUGCAAAACAGCUUGUGUGUGUUGCAAGACACACAGCUGCAUUGAAAUGUAUAUGUAUAUUAUAUAUAUAUAGAUAUAUAUAAUAUACAUAUCUAUAUAUAUAUAUACUGUACCAGAUUUUUAUGAUUACAAAAUUAUUUUAAUAGGGUUAAGGCACACAAAAGCUUGUGUAAUAGAAAUCAGAUGUGUAUUUAUUUUUCUCUGGAAAUUAAGCCUAUAUGUGUGAGAAUGUAAAUGUAGCAAAGAGUUGUACAGUAGUCUGCUUUUAAUCUUGUGUUCUGUAAAUACUGUACUUCUGCUCUUGAAAACAUUAACAUUUUUUUGGGGGGUGGGGGUUGCUUUUUUUUCCCCUUGGGGCUUUCUUCAUGUUUAGUAGAGAUCUUUUCAUUCUUUUUGCAUUUUGAGAACGAUGUUUGCUUUGCUCUGCUGAUAAUAUAGUGGGACCUUGAAAGUAGUGGUGCAUUCAUUUGGAAAUGGUGAACCAUUGUUUGCAUUGUGAUGCUGCUUCAAAAUAAAUCUGUACAACAGCAA